UUCAACAAAUCGGUCGAAGCUGGUUCGACCUCAGGGUCUUUUUGUGGCAUUGCAGACCACCCAGCGCAUGCCCCCGCCCUUAUGGUUUCCAUGUGCUCGAGUCCGGUAACACAAAAAGAUUCUUCGUUGUCGCUUUCAGAAGAAGAUAUUGAAGAGAGAGUUUUGUUGUCAACACGCGUUGCUUUUUCUUCACGGCACCUUUGCGAAGAAAUCGAAGGAAGUGUACUAUACGAAGAAAAACACCACAAGGAAAAGGUAUUCUGCGGUUGGUUGAUCGAUUUCCGUAGACAAAAACUGGUGCAAGCGCCCUUGUCGUCUGUCUCAACAUCGAUAUUGACCCCCCGGAUGUUCAGAAAAUACCUCCAUACUCCAAGGUUGAGGCUUGGUUCGACCCUACAGAUGCCAAUAGCUUACGUGCUCUUGAAGUUAUCGGAAGAAAUUUACAGACAUUGCUUCACGAAAAGUAUUGGCACCCGACCAUAUCGUGUUCGUGAACUGGUGAUGAGUUUGAAUAACUUCCCCUGUUUCUCUGUUUUUCCCCUCUGUUCCAAAAAGGCUCAGUAUGAACGUUGGCAGCCUCGAGCGCGUUUCAAGCAGUGUCUGGAUCCUACUUUGGAAGAUGUUAAAAACCUGACGAUUAGUUUGCGUCGCAACGUGAAAGGCGAUCGGAUCCUGUUUCACUAUAAUGGUCAUGGGGUACCGAGGCCAACAGAAAAUGGCGAAAUUUGGGUGUUCAAUACGAAAUUCACGAAAUACAUCCCUCUAUCCUUGUACGAUCUACAACGGUGGUUGGGUGCUCCGUCCGUCUACGUGUUUGAUUGUCAAAAUGCUGGCCGAGUCAUUCGUAUGUACGAAAUAUUUUGUCGCCGAAGAAUGGCUGAGAACUUGGCGGCUGCGCAACGGCAACAGCAGACGGAGACCUCUGAAAAUCGUGGUGGAUCGACCAACCUUGGCAACCCAGUUCGUGAUGGUCCCGUGCCAAAUCUGGAUGCAUGUGCUGGUCCACCUCAAGCACAGCCACCCGGAUCCACUACUCCCGCUCCGAAUAACCCGCACCUCGUCACCAAUCCUCCGGUUACCAUGGAAAACACAAUCAUGCUUGCUGCUUGUCGAGAGGACGAGGAUCUGCCUCAGAACCCCGAACUUCCGGCCGAUCUGUUCACGGCCUGUCUCACAACUCCGAUUCGUAUGGCGCUACGUUGGCACUGGCUCCGUCAUCAAGAAUCAUUCCCAGGCUAUCUGGAUGAGGCUCUCUUGGACCGCAUUCCUGGAGCUCAUUCAAAUCGAAUGUCGCUUUUGGGCGAGAUCAACUGGAUAUUUACGGCAGUCACGGACACGAUUGCCUGGUGCAGCUUCCCGAUCGAUCUGUUUCAGAAAUUAUUCCGCCAAGAUCUGCUGGUUGCGGGUUUGUUUAGAAACUUUUUGCUCGCAGAACGUAUCAUGAAAACUUACGGAUGUACACCGGUGUCUGCUCCUGCAUUACCUACCACCUUUCGGCAUUCAAUGUGGACCGCUUGGGAUCACACUCUGGAUCGUUUGGUACACUAUCUUCCUCGAAUCUUGAAGGUAAUGGAGGGAAACCCGACUACCGAACUCAAGUUACCCAUCAUUCUGCCUUCUUCGCCAGGCAACAACCACCAACAGCAUCACCAACAGAUUCCAAGCGGUGUUGCUCAAUUAAGCCAAAUUGGUAUGGUUACCACGCCCAUGCCACCGACCAUGGCCGGUGCGGCAGAGCAACACCUGGUGGAGGCAACUGUGAGUCAUCGGCUCAACCAACGUGGGGCCCACGUAACUUCUUCCGGUGGGUUACCUGCACUUGCCCAUGGAAAAAGGACAGCCGAAGCCAUGCAACUGGACGAUGCAACAGCAAGGCAAAAUUUUUACGGGCAGGCUGCACCUACAAAUCGUGUGGUAUGUGAUCUCGAGAGAAAGGUCAAACACUUCAUUCACUAUCCCACAGUCACGAUUUGUGACCUUGCACCUAUGAAGUCGAAACCAAAUCCAUUGAUUUUGGCCCAGCUUCCACUGCUCCAUUCUCCGGCAAAGCAGGAAUUUCGAGAGACCUAUUACUCGUCUCCUACCGACUUCCUCAAUUUCCCAUGCUUGUCAGCUACCGAUUCGGUCAUCUAUUUGUCCUUUUUCCGGUUGAUCACAGCAUGCACAUUGUCUCUGCUUUUCAAGCCCUACACAGACUUGGUCGACAGACUAGAUCAACUGCAACCUCGCCCACAAGUUCCUGCCAGACCUGAACAACAGACAUCAGACAAGCCUGUUUCGGUUGUGCCACCGGGAUUCUCAACCACCCAACAGGGGCAGACUCGGCAUGGUGCGCCACUUACAUCCUCGCAGCGCCCCUUGCCGCGUCACCCAGCUGCUGAAGGGCUUAAUCAACAACUGGCUUCUGAGUCUGAUGGGAAGCAACGUCCUUCACAAGAAGGCCGCGUGCGUCAUCCAACACGGGAUCCUUCGCUAGUAGAUGCCCAAUCCGAACGGCUUGUAACACAAAAGGAUCUGGCAACUCAUCUGGAGGAGACAGAGGAACCAACUGAAGAAAAGCAGGCGGAUGGCACGAAGAGCAAAGCAGAGGCAGAUUCCCAACAACCGGAAAUGAAUUCUCACGUGAGGACGAUCAACUUGUCUACGACGGGCACAGCUGCAAAUGACGAAGAUGAUAGUGAUGUGGAUGUGGAUGAAGACGAACUUGACGACGAAGACGAGGUAGAUGACUCAGACGACGAAUCUGACGAGUCGUAUGAGGUCAACGAAGAGGACAGUAUGAAGGCAGUGGCAAGGAGCUGUUGGACCGCUGAGGACAAACCUCUACCAAUUGCCAAAGUCAUAGAGUCCGCUCCUCCAAAGCUGGGAAAAGACCAAAUUCACACUACAUCUGAUGCACAUCCUCCCGAUAAGACUGGCAAACAGAACGCACCAGAUCCCUUAUCCAAGCCGCCUUUGACAAAGGAGGCCACACAGGUCGAGCAACCUGAACCAUUGAAACUUGAUGCUGAACAGCUGAAACAACUUGUAAAUUAUUCCAAUACUCAGAUAGAUGGUCGUCUUCCCAGUCAAAAUACCGCACAAGCGCAACCAGUUUACCAGACACAAAAGAAAACAUCGACUGGGGUUACACAGAAGACAGCCAGUACUGCUCUGCCGCCUGCCCAGAUCACCGAUGCGAGACCCCCAGAAUGUACCCUGACAGCCUUGCGACGGCAACAACACGUCCUACAAGGACUCCACACUUUGCAAACACCAAAUGGCAAUAAUAAAACAUCCACACAGGCUGCCAAUAAUCCAGCCAUACCCCAAGUGGUUUGCCCCUCUAAUCCAACUACAUUGCCUGCCAAUUUUGUUGCCUGUGCAACUCCCACACCGGCGGGACAUACACCGAACCAUUCGGUCCAGCCUCAAAGCCAGCAGCAGCAGCUCCCUGGUGCACCUGCUUCCAAUGCCCCUGUAUACGCUGGGUCGGUGAUCGGAGGCAGCGGCCCAGCCUCGUUUUUUACGAGUCAGAUGACGGCAUUCAAAGUGUGGUUACAAACUGCUGAUGAGAAACAGCCACCAGCAAUGCAAUUACCCAUCCUGUUGCAGAUAUUACUGAGCCAAAGUCAUCGAACCCGAGCAAUGCAACUUCUAAGCGAGUUCCUUGAUUUGGGGCCGUGGGCCGUCACACACUGUUUGAUGGUUGGCAUCCUACCCUAUAUCGCCCGUCUGUUUUCGUCCAGUCUGUCCGAGGUGAAACCCCACUUAGUGUUCAUUUGGGGGAAGAUCAUUGCCAGUGCUCAGACGGAAUUCAGCCGAAGUGAUUCAGUUCGUGAUGGAGGCUUCAAAUAUUUCAUGAAUUGUCUGAAUGAUACGGAGAAUUUGUCCCCCCUUACACGAACAAUCACCGCAUUCGCCCUCACGAAGAUGUUGGAAAAGGAGCCGUUCGGAGAGCCUGAUACCUACUUCCAGGAUGCCUCACUGAAACAGAAUUUCCUCCCAAUGGUCCUUUCUCAGUUAUCGGAAAAUCCUCCCUCAUUGGAACGUGAAUUGCCUAUUCGAAUGAGGCUUUGGCUAAUAUUCGGCCUUUCUAAACUCUGGAGAAAACACGACGAUGCACGUUGGUUCGGCAUCCGGUACAACGUUACAGAGGUAUUAUUCAACUACUUGGAUGAUGUUUCCCCUGAGGUUCGCGCCGCGACCACGUAUGCCCUAGGCACUUUGGUUGAUAACCAAACGACUGAUCCAUCCAAAAAGGACCACGCCGACCAGAUCAGUCAACAAGUGAUUACGCGUCUAAUCAAACUAGCCACACUGGAGGCCAGCCCUCUGGUCAGAUGCGAGCUCGUCGCUGCAUUGUGCCCGCUUGUCAGACAGUUUGAAAUCCAGUUGUGCGCGAUGGCACAUCAUUAUUUGCAAGAGUUGCAGCAGCUGUCAUCCACCGCAGCCGGAACCACUCUGAGUCGUCCGAUCGGUCGACCGUCUCGGCACAGUGUUUCUGGGUUCGCUCCUUCGUCACACUUCACUGGCCGCCCAGAUGAUGUAGGCACCUCUCCGCGACCCUCGGCUAUCAAGGAUGAUGGACUUGUCAAAGCACGACGGACCGAGCCAUUAGCUUUGCCGACCUUUUUCGCUGGUACUACCAACGUUUACGCACAAUUUUGGCUUGCUUUGGUCCAACUCUCUAACGACCCGUAUCCGAAAGUGGCCCAAAUGACUCGUCAAAUCAUGAAUUAUUUGUUAGCUCGAUUCGGUAUUCCUCUGACAGAUAAUUCGCCUUCUCCGUGUGCUUCCGUGACAACUGGUGACCAGCCGGAACGCACUGUCCCAUCAUUCAGCCCUGCAUCGGCCUCAACAUCUCCAUUGACAAACUCGUCAAUGCGACCUGUAUCCAACCCUUCCAAUCAACGGAACUCUUUUUCCAACGAGUCCUCUCCUCCAAACACCGUAGAGCGUGCUUCUGGUCCGGCAUCAACGAUCAAGAACACUAGUCCCAAUACACAACCACACAUGUCACAUUCCAUGUGCUCCUCUCCGAACAACGUUCCCGUGAAUUAUUUCACCCAACGUCGUCCCAACCGGACAAACGUACCCCUGACCUCGACAUUUCUUUUGCAUUCAGCACAAUUCACCGGGCGCCGUCAUCACCAAGUGGAUCAACUUGUACGGAAGCCACUCCUUGAGGCACAGUCAUCACAUACAUCUGCACCUCGUGUACCUCCAAUCCAAGGCAAUUCACACCUCUCCGACUAUGACAGAAUUUUGGGUGCAGUGCAAAAGACGCAGUUUUUCGCUUGGUCCUGUCGCUGGUUCACACAGCCUCUGCUUGCCAAAUAUGGUCAAACUUGUUUCCGACAGGAGGAUUCAACACGUGGUCUCUUAUCCUGCUCCUCGUCAUCUGUCGGCCUAGUAUCCCCAAGGCAGCGUGCCUUUUCUCCGGAAAGUUCGAAUGAUCGACUUUCACGUGAGCGUUGGAUGUCUGGAGCUCCGGAUCCGGAUCUUGCCGCCCUUUGUGCUGUGUCUGUGGACCCCGAUGCAGUGGCGUACGCUGACCGUUUAACUCGGCUAACCAAGCAAAGAGAGGACAUUACGAGUGGCCGACGGCGCUGGCUUGAAGCAAUCGGUCCUGUACCCUCUAGCGACCCGUCCUUUCCGAAUCAGUCGUUCAACUCGGUUACCGAUGGAAUCACAUAUUGUGGACGUCUUGCCACAGUGGUUCAUAAUCGAAACGGCCCAGGCAAGCCUAGUGUACUUCGAUUUCACCCGCACCAGCCUCAUCUUGUUGUGGCUGACCAUUCCGGAAUGUCUGUGUGUUCUUCACAAACAUUGGCUCGGCUAAACUAUCUUCCCACUCCCAGCGGAUUCGAUCUGCUUUCUAGAACGUCCGUCGGAGCGAACCGAAGUGAUCCAGCGGGACUCGCCAGUCGCAUCACCGAUGUACAGUUCCUAAAUUGUUCGGAAGAGCGAGGUCUGCUGCUUUCGGCUCACGAGGAUGGGCGGGUCCGAAUUUGGCGCAACUACCUCCGAGACUUGGGUCAAGAUGCUGAAGUAGUUACGGCCUGGGUCGGCCUAAGUGAACUUCUAACCUCAAGCAACCCGGCUGGUAUGGUCUCUCACUGGAGUCAGUACUCCCAACAGCUCACUCUUGGUGGGGACUCCAAAGUUAUUCGUCUAUGGGACUGUGAACGUGAGUCUCGCAUUCGUGAUUUACCCACCACGGCGGAUGCCUGCGUAACUUCCCUGGCACGUAGUCUGGAUCAGUCUUUGUUAUGUGCAGGAUUCGGGGACGGUGGGGUUCGGGUGUUUGAUCUCCGGAUUCCGGCAUCCGCUUCUCCCCACCACAGCAAUGACUGCCAUAUCUUCUCAGGACAAGGAGACUCCGGUUGGAUACACGACGUCGCCUUUGGUCCUUGCGGUCGUUUGUACGCGACAGGUUCCACUGGCGGGGUCUCUGCGUGGCAAUUAACUACCAGCAUUUCAAAGUCUCGUCCCAGAUUGUCCGAGCGCAUCGUCAGCUCAUCUGCAGUACGUAAGCAGUCUUCCAUUUCCAAAAUAGAACAGGGAUCGCGAUUCGAACGCCGACCGUACCCACCACGACUUUCCAUCCCCAAAAACACACCUGUACAUUGUACCGCCCUCAAGGUGGAUUUAUCACCCUUGUCUUCACAUUUGGCCAUUGCUGGCAUUGGUGGCUCCGCUCCACAACUGCUCGUACACCGUAUCCAAGGCGGCACCGUUCACUCCUCGCUCACACAUAUCGGUCGCGAGAGAAUUCAUGCACCUGUUUGUUUGGCCGUUCAUCCAUUUGAGCCACUGAUCGUAGCUGGCUUGAAGGACAAGUCUGUUGUCCUACUCCUCGUGGAGACCAAGCGUGCCUCGUCGCGUGUCAGCCAAGUCCUGGGGCUACAAGGCUAACUGGACGGCAGCGGAGCAUCCAUGUUGAAUCCUGACGUACUGUCGAUGGUCGUGAUAAUGACCGUUGCCAUCAUUGCAGAGCCACUGAUCGUAGCUGGCUUGAAGGACAAGUCUGUUGUCCUACUCCUCGUGGAGACCAAGCGUGCCUCGUCGCGUGUCAGCCAAGUCCUGGGGCUACAAGGCUAGUCCGUACUGAAUCCUGACAAAAUUCCGGUUUUAUCACUUCCCAUUUCUGUUCAUACUGUCUCUACUUCCAUACAUAGCAGUGAUUUUAUUUUCUCCCCUUCGAUUUCCUGCCGAGAAACGUUGCAUUACCCGUUCAUUUUCGUUCGAAACUGUACUACCUCGUACCGUGCGAGUAGCCUCAUGUUUCUCAAUCUUGCUUUCGCUUCACGUUUUUUGUCAAGUAGACAUCGUGUAAUGUUAUAUACACGUACAUCGUGCCUUACGAUCGUGUGAUUACUUGGACAAUACUUCCAGAAUUUACUGACGGGUGAUCUUACCUUAUUUUUUAUUUUUG